GCCGCGGGCCUCGGGGCAGCCUUUGCAUUCAAGCCGGUAAAAGCUGCCGACGAAGGGAAGGGCAGCCUGUCGGGUUGUGGAAGAGAUGCUGAACUGCCCCAGCAAAGAGCAGAACAAGGACAGGUUGUGGUAGAAAGGUGUUUGGAAGAGAAAAGCGGUGAUUGUAGCUGUCCACAGAGGAUCCUGUUGUUGAAACAGCAGAGGAAGCUAAGGAACCAGCAGAGGCAGACAUCAAUGAACUCUGUAAAGACAUGUUCAACAAAAUGGCUACUUAUUUAACAGGUGAAUUGACAGCCACCAGUGAAGACUACAAACUCUUGGAAAACAUGAAUAAGCUGACUAGCUUGAAGUACCUAGAAAUGAAAGAUAUUGCUAUAAACAUCAGUAGAAAUCUGAAGGAUUUAAAUCAAAAAUAUGCUGCUCUUCAGCCAUAUCUGGAACAAAUCAACCUAAUUGAGGAACAGGUUGCAGCUCUGGAGCAGGCAGCUUAUAAAUUGGAUGCAUAUUCCAAAAAACUUGAAGCCAAGUACAAAAAACUGGAGAAACGAUGAAAUUACAACAAUCUUUAAGUUGGAGUUGGGCUAUGAGUCAGACUGAUUUCUGUUUAAAUUGUACAACAGCAAUUCUGUAUGUUGACAAGGAUUUGGUUACAGCUAACAUCAAGACUGGUAACUUUUUUAAUCUAUUGAAUACAGUAAGCUGUAUUCUGGCUUAAGGCUGAAUAAUAUUUUCCUCUUCUCAAGAGGAUCUGUUGCUUCAGUUGUUCUGCAGUGAAAAGUAGAAGCUUGUCCCUAACCCAGAUGUUGAUACUGGCGAUCUGCGUGAGUCCUAUGCCCCACAUGAAAUACUCUAUCUAGGAAAAGCUCUCCAUAACCUAUAAAGUCACUUUCCCUUGGUAGCAGCAGGACCUAAACUUCAUGUUUAACUUCAUUGAGCUCUGCAUUGAGAAGAUACCUGGGCCUUUGGAGUUAUGAGCAUGAUAACGAAAACACAUAAUUUUGGUAUCCACCUAUAUCUGUUUGAAAUAGAGAGACUAAUUAUAAAUUUACAAUAAACCAACUUGCUGCA